AUGGAGGAACUUAGUGCAAGUAGUCUCCCGGCGCACACCACUUCGAAGCGAUCCAAAUCCUCAAACCCUCUGCGAACAGAUUCACAACGAGUUCAGCGUAGUUCUCGAACUUUAUCUGUUUCCCCUCCAUCUGCCAGCGCUUCAGCAACUUUUGGUCUGCGCUCACGUCCUGGAUUGGGUUCGCGAACGUCCUCGGCACCAUUUGUCCCUCUUAGUAGCGGCAGUGGCAGCGGUAGUAUAGAUCCGAGAUUUUCGACUACAAUAGAGGACGACUCACAAGAAGGAUUGGACCGGCACGCGCGAAGUUAUCGGGAUUCUAUUGCAUCUAUUAAAGACGAUCCCUUCUUUAGGAAUUAUCAAUCACCACACUCUGUCUCUUUAGCACGAGAAUUAAGGUCUGCGAAAUACUCUGAGCGUUCGCACGAUGACGACGUAUUCAAGGAUCCACCGCCGAGAUCCAACAAAAGACCUUCCGUAGAAAACUCAGUCAGCGUACCCCCCCAAUCUAGAAGCGGAAUGUCAGACAUAAAUAUUGCAGUGAUUGGGAGUAAUGGCGUGGGGAAGAGCACUUUGAUACAGCGAGCAUUGGGUUUACGAUCGUUACCAACCUCCGUUGCAUCGAGUCUUCGCAUGUCCGUUGAUGAGGUUGGAUACAUAGUCAGUCUAUUCGAGCUGGACCUAGAGUCGUUUGAUAUAAUACCCGAUCGUCGAAUACAAUGGCCAAAACAAAUGAAUGGACACAUUGUCCCACGAAUGGACGGUGCACUAUUGCUAUACGAUGUCAUGAAUCGAGAGAGUAUUGCGGAAUUGCCCCAGACUUUAAAUGCAUUGGUGAACUCGGCUCUUCCUACUAUCCUCGUCUCAUGUAAAUGCGAUAACCCUGAGCAUACUCGUCAACUUAAUGUUGAUAGUCUCGAAAUUGCAUGCAUGUCAUGUGUAGAAACUGUCAAAACUGCAGCAAAUGUGCCCGAAAGUGCAAGACUUUGUCUUUCUUCUAUGCUUCGAGCUGUUAUGGCAGAUCGAAGCAACAAUAGUAAUAAAGACAUUCCUUCAAUACAGCCCCAAGGUACACGUCGUCGAGCAACCUCCUCUGCGAAUCUCGAGAAGAUAUCUGAACCCACGGUUCCUCGACCUUUGAGUCAGCAAUCCAAGCAUAGUCGUGCUAGCUCGGAAUUUUCUAUAGGCCGAACUCUUCCUGCCCCUGCCCCACCACUGGCUGGUCGACCUAACGGCCGAACAAAUUUAUCGCAUCAAAUCAUGAUUCCAGACCCACAUGAUGCCCCGCCUCUUUCUGCUCAUCCAGCUUUCCGAAGUAAAAGUCUCCUGGACAGUUCUGGCGUUAGCCCCAGGUUACCCCUUGGCCCAAAGGUACAUUCAACCCUCCCGUCUCCUGGUACUGGCAGCAUUGGCACUAACACUUUACCCGACGUUGAGGAAUCAGAUGCAGAUUCUUCAUACUGCUAUUCUGAUGAUAUACCCCUUCUCCAGCGUAGUGACGAUACUUUCUUCGACAAACCUGCUAAAGUGGCUGGUGUAAGUUUUGACGAUCUUGUUGAUCGACUCCUUGGACAGCAUAUGUCAAAGGCAGACAUCAACUUUUCAGAUAUCUUUCUAUGUCUCUAUCGAAAAUUUGCUGCUCCUGGUGAGCUAUUUGAUGCAGUUUUGGACCGACUACAGCGUAUAGCAGACGACAAAAACAUUCAUUAUUUAACACGAAUAUCAAAUCAACUUCGAAUAAUCACCGUGGUUGCUCAAUGGAUCAUAGGAUAUCCAGGAGACUUUGCAAGUCCUUCAACAAGCCGCAAGCUAGACGAGCUCAUAAGCCUUUUAGCUUCGGAUCCCGUUUUUGCUGCUGCUGCACAAGAAAUGCGGACACAAUUGCAAUCUCGUGUUGUAGAGGAUGAUGACACAGGCUGGGCCAGGACAGAUGCCGAUGUCGAUAACGAACAAGCUAAGGAGUCUGAAUCAGCCCCCGUUUCUCCUACAACUACCAGAACCGAUUCCAAAGGUGGAUAUGAAACAGAUGCGACCACAUUGGCACAAGACGAUGAUAUCAGUGACAUGGAGCAAAAGUUAUCUAGGGGGGAAUCUCUAGUCUCGGCUCGAGCUUCAUCUCAAUCAGACUUUGCUGCGCCUUCAUUUCUUGCAGUCGAAGACUACGAGAAGGAGGCUGCAAAGAUGACACCUAAAGGGAUUCUACCGUUAUCUAAAUUCAGAUAUCACAUGUUUAUGGAGAUAUCAGAUGAUGACCUUGCGGAUGAGAUGACAAGGAUAGAUUGGGUCAUGUUUUCUUCCAUACGCCUCCGAGAUUUGGUUCGACAUGUCAGCCUUUCACUCAACCAGAAGGAGAAAUGUAAAAGUCUCGCCAACGUAAAUCGCAUGAUAAAUCAUUUCAAUCAUAUUGCAAAAUGGGUUGCUAAUAUGAUAUUGAUGCGAGAUAAAGCCAAGCACAGAGCGCAGAUACUAGAGAAGUUUAUGACUAUAGCCUUGAAACUGCGGCAAUUGAAUAAUUACAAUGGACUUGCAGCUGUUCUGGCGGGAAUUAAUGGAACCGCGAUACAUCGCCUCACACAAACUCGAAACCUGGUCCCUGCGGAUGUCCAGAAACGCUUUGCUCGCCUAGUCUUGUUGAUGGGUACACAAAAGAGUCAUUUCGCAUACCGCCUGGCUUGGGAGAACUCUCCAUUACCUCGUAUUCCUUUCAUCCCCUUAACUCGGCGUGAUCUCGUCUCUGCUGAGGAAGGUAGUCGAACCUUCAUUGGCGCAAAUGGAGAUAGAAUUAAUUGGAAGAAAUUCGAGGUUCUUUCCGAGGUCAUUCUACCCAUUAUGAAGAGUCAAACUACACCAUAUCCGAACCUCACCAAAAAUGACCCGGUGCGGGAACUCAUUCUGGACUGUCUAAUUCCUACUGAUGAUGAGGCGAUAUAUCAACGAAGUCUACAUUUAGAAAGUGCAUCAGGAGCAGCAGAACCGGCGAUACUGGUUGGUAAAGAUUUCGUCACCACAGCGAUAUCUGGAGAUCCGCAUGCAUCAUUGGCGUGGGCAGGAGCUCUCACCAUUCUUCCUCUUCUGCUGAACCCCGCCACCCAAGACGAUGAUGCUCUCAAGGGUUUCGAGGAAAUUUGUCAUGUGCUUAUUCGAUCCGAAGGUAUCAACCGUAAAUUAUGGAAGGACCCACAAAGCAUACCCCUUUUCUCCAAACCAAAUGAACAAGGCACUACUUUCCAGUUGAUUCAUCAAUCGUUCCGAGAUUUCCUUCUUGAUCAACAACGAUCCUUAGAUCCAUUCUGGAUUUCCGAAAAAGAAGCUCAUAAAGAUGUUUUCCAUAAAUGUCUUAACAUCUUACUAAACAAGGCUUCGGAUGUUCAUAAUAGUGGCUUUAAGGGGCUAGGAGCUGGUAUAUCUAAGCACUUACUAACUGAGUAUGGACAUGUUCAGUAUGCCUGCCGCUAUUGGGUCAGCCACUUGCAGCACAGCGGACUCAGUAUUUCGGAUAACGAUGAGGUUCAUAUGUUUCUUCAGAGGUGCUUUAUACAAUAUUUAGAAGCCUUGAGUCAUAUAGGGGAGAUAUCGAAGGCUGUUGGCUUCAUAGGCGUAUUACAGUCACUCGUGGCGGUGGAAUCUAAGGCAACUAAGCUUUAUUCAUUUCUUCAAGACGCAACACGAUUUACCAUCAAAAAUAUUUCAAUUAUCGCUAAAUCGCCUAUCCAACUUUAUUCUUCGGCGCUCAUUUUUGCUCCUGAGGCAGGCCCAGGGGACCAAGUUCAAGACAUGGUAUUGGCAUUAUCUGGAGAUAAUAGGCUUUUAGCCUCAUCAUACAACUACGAGAAUAAUGUCACAGUUUGGGAUACGAUGACAAGUACCCCCCAGAGAAAACUGUACUGUUCUGAUGUUACAUCCCGCAUUAAAGCAGUUGCAUUCUCAAGAGAUGGUAAGCUACUAGCAACAUGCGCUUCUCCGCCCUUAUGGUGUCUUUACACUAGCAUUUUCAGCCGAGGGCGAGUGCCUUUGUUGAAUAUGCAGACCAAGGUCAUGAUCUGGCGCCUUUGCCAGAAAGAUAAAACGGAAUGGAAUAUUCAUUGGAUACAUGAGGAACUGUGUCAAGAAAUCUGGUCAGCAGCAUUCUUGUUUGGUGCUAAGCUGCGUUUGGCCAUUUCCGUGGACUCCUUUAUUAAGUUCUGGAGGUUUGAAGACGGAAAUUGGGUUCCUCAGAGACAAAUAGAGACUCACGAUUCCAACGUUCAAAUAUUGGUACUAUCGCCAGAUGGGAGACUGGCCGUAUCCGGCUGUAGUGAUGGGAAAAUGCAUGUUUGGAAUCUUACUACGUUAACUCCGACUCUCGAACAAACAUUAAACGCACACCCUUCCCAGAUCACCGCAAUGAUAUUCUCGGAAAAUAGCAAGCUCAAUAUGUUAGUGUUGGGAUCAUUGGAUGGCGUAGUUCGAUUCUGGGAUCCGGCCGUACCGACCCUUCAAGAGAACUCGGUGUCUCAUACUUGCAGUGUGGAUACCAUUAGAUUCUCUCCCGAUGGUAAGUUGAUAGCAUGUGGAUUUUCCGAUGGGACUGUUCAGCUUUGGGGCCCUGAUAGGUGGACCCUGCAACAGACACUGAAAUACCCAUCUGAAAGCUUUAAAGUAUUGGAGUUUUCAAAAGAUGGUAACAAGUUUGUCUUGGGAUCUGCAGGUUUACCUAUUGAAAUGUGGCAACGUUCUUCGUGUAACGCUAUCAAUCUUUGGGACACUGCUACUGCACUGAAUAACUCUAAACAAACUCUGGAGUGCUCAUUUGACCUAACAGAUGUAUUAGCACUGUCUUCAAACGGCCAAGUAGUAGCAUCGGUUGUGAAAAAUAAUAAUAUUGAUAUCUGGUGUCAUGUUACACAACACGAUCCUGCCUGGGUUUAUAGACAGACACUGACGGGUUAUUCUGGAUCGGUCUGCUCGAUGGCAUUCUCAACCGACGGCAGCAUACUAAUAACUGGCUCCGCGGACAGAUGUAUCCAGAUAUGGUGUUCUACUAUGGAGGAGCCAAAACGAUGGAGAGUAGUGCAAACCCUGUCGGACGGCAUCCAAGAGCUAUUAACGGCAGUGGCAAUCUCAUCAGAUGGUAGCAUAACAAUGGCAGUUUCCAGGGGCAUGGACACAAACAUCUGGCAUCGCAUCGAAGAACACCAAUCUAGAUGGGUUGCUCUAAACACAUUACCAAUUCACGAGAACUUUGAACGUGGCAGCCUAGCAGUGCUGUCGCCCGAUGGUAGAAGUAUUGCGGCAGUUUCUGAUAAUGGACACAUCAAAUUAUGGGAUACAGCCUCAGGAAAAAUUAUUCGAAUUUCGAUUUGA